GCUCUGCUGUGCUGAACCUCACUUCCGGAAAGUGAUUCGGGGGACAACAGUGUUUUUGAUUUAGUGGUAAAGCAGAAUGAGUGCAGGAGAACCAAACCCAGCCGCCACACCCACUCCCUGUGAAGACACGCAGGGAGAUGGACGAUGGAUGUCUAUGCACAAUCGGUUUGUGUCCGACAGCAAAGACAAGGAACCUGAUGUCCUGUUUGUUGGAGACUCUCUUGUUCAGCUCAUGCACGAGUUUGGGAUAUGGCGUCAGUUGUUCUCACCUCUCCAUUGCCUUAAUUUUGGGGUGGGUGGUGAUGCAACACAACAUGUGCUGUGGCGACUGAGCAACGGUGAACUGGAUAACAUCAGCCCAAAGGUCGUAGUGCUGUGGGUAGGAACUAACAAUCAUGGUCACACUCCUGAACAGAUCUGUGGAGGCAUCUUGGCUAUUAUCCAAGUUAUCAAGAACAAGCUUCCCAAUGCCCACACGCUUGUACUUAGUUUACUGCCCAGAGGAAAAAUGCCAAACCCUCUACGGGAGAGAAAUGCCAAGGUGAACGAGCUAGUAAAAGACACCUUAACAUCUCUUCCCCGUGCCUCCUUCUUCAAUGUAGACCCCGGCUUUGUUCACUCCAAUGGUAGCAUCUCCCACCAGGACAUGUACGACUACCUUCACCUGACCCCGAAAGGAUAUCAAGCUGUAUGUGAACCUUUGCAUGCCCAUCUUAAGGCCCUGCUAGGUGAACCUACUGACAACUGAGCAUCUAGGUCACAAAAGUACACUACCACAGUGGUCCUUGUCCCUGUUUCAAGAAACCAUUGCACUUAUAUUAUUAAGAUGUGUAAUGAUGGAUAGAAUCAGUUAUUGAGGGCUAAGAGCUGCAUAAACUAUUUGUGGAAGACCUCUUCAAGGCCUUGGUUGGUGACCACUGUUAAAGACAAUGUGACCAUACGGUUUUUGUUUAUAUGAAUUGACAAAUCCCUACUUCCAUU